AUGGCCUUGGGAUGUUUGCUAGCUCGGUUGGAUGACUUAGGGAAGGAGCGAGCUAUUUACUAUCUGAGUAAGAGGAUGCUAGAGUUUGAGAUGAGAUAUUUUAUGAUUGAGCGCCUUUGUUUAGUGUUGGUUUGGGCCACCAAGAGAUUGAGGCAUUACAUGACAGAGUAUUCAGUGCACUUGAUUUCUCGCCUAAAUCCGUUGAGGUAUUUGUUUGACAGACCCACAUUGAUUGGUAGACUGAUGAGAUGGCUUGUACUUUUGAUAAAGUUUGAUAUUCAGUAUGUUUCUCAGAAGUCUAUUAAGGAAAGCAUUGUCGCCAAUCACUUAGCCUCAUUAUCGAUAUCUGAGGGUAGACUAGUUGAUGAUGACUUUCCAGAUGAGGAGUUCAUUGCUAUGACUAGCUUAUCAGGUUGGCAUAUAUACUUCAAUGGUGCAACCAACCACUCAGGGUAUGGGAUAGACGUUUUGUUGAUACCCUCCCAAGGUGAUCAUAUUCUGAGGUUAGUUCGUUUGGCGUUUUCAGAUCGACAUCCCACCACGAACAACAUUGUUGAGUAUGAAGCAUGUAUCCUAGGUCUAGAGACUGCAUUGGAGUUGGGCAUUAGACAGAUGUAUGUGUUUGGUGACUCCAAUCUAGUAAUCAAACAGAUUCAGGGAGAUUGGAGAACUAAGGAUGUAAAACUUAGGUCGUAUCAUGCUUAUUUAGAGUAA